AUGAAGGCUACGCCGUUGCUCAUCGCGUGGCACAACGACAAUGCCCCAAUCUACUCGGUCCAUUUCGACCCCAACGGUAAAGGGCGUCUUGCUACGGCUGGAAAGCGAAGAUCGAAAGGCGAGAUGCUGGCGUCUGCAGGAGACGACGGCAACGUGCUUCUCUGGGUCCCGUCAGAGCUACAGACCCAGCCUGGGUUAGGGGAGGAUCGUUCGGACGACAAGGAAACGUGGCGUGUGAAGCAUAUGUGCCGGUCCUCCGGUGCUGAGAUCUAUGACCUUGCCUGGUCUCCAGACGGGGUCUUCAUCAUCACAGGGAGCAUGGACAAUAUUGCUCGAAUAUACAACGCGCAGACUGAUUGCGGAGCAUUCGCACUACGUUCAAGGAGUGGCCUGGGAUCCUCUGAACGAAUUCGUUGCUACUCAGUCAUCGGAUCGAUCUGUCCAUAUCUACAGCUUGAAGACAAAGGAUGGCCAAUUUACGUUAACGUCUCACGGGAAGUUCCUCAAAAUGGAUCUUCCAGCCAAACUCGCCGUUCUUCAUUUGGCUCAUCCCCGUCGAUUCGCCGCUCUGCGUCUCCGGCACCCUCCCUGCCGUUACCAGCUGUUAAGCCUUUAGAAGUAGCGUCGCCAAACGUCUUGGGUGGUCUCACGAUCAAGAACGCCAACAUCUAUGCCAAUGAGACCUUCACAUCAUUCUUCAGGCGGCUGACUUUCACCCCUGAUGGAAGUCUGCUGUUCACCCCAGCUGGCCAGUACAAGACCACGCAUGUUCCCGCCACAGACCCAACAAAAACCACGGAUGAGAUUAUUAACACAGUAUACAUCUACACCCGUGCAGGCUUCAACAAGCCCCCUAUCUCUCAUCUGCCGGGCCAUAAGAAGCCCUCCGUUGCAGUCAAGUGUUCUCCAAUUUUGUAUACGUUGCGCAAGGCUCCUCAGCCUGCCCGACAUAUUACACUGGAUACCUCCUCGGGGGAGGAAUCCUUUGCGUCUCUUCCUGAACCGGUAGUUUCCACGAAGCCGACGCCUGACAAGCCUUCCAUGGAGCCUCCUUCGACUCCUUCUGCGAGCGAGUCGUCUAAGACCAACACAGUGUCCAAAAACGCCGAGAAUGAAGGAGCUUCUGCUGGCCAGAAUCCGAGUCCGGUUUUCUCGUUACCUUAUAGGAUUGUGUACGCGGUGGCUACGCAGGACGCGGUUCUGGUAUACGACACGCAACAACAAACUCCCCUGUGUGUUGUGAGCAACUUGCAUUUUGCGACAUUUACAGAUCUCACAUGGUCGGAUGACGGCUUGACUUUGAUAAUGAGCUCCUCUGACGGCUUCUGCUCAACGUUGUCAUUUGCUCCCGGAGAGCUGGGCCAGCCGUAUACACCUCCAGCGGGAACAGCCCAGCAUCCUGCGAGCGCUAGCACCACGUCCGCGAAUCAAGCACCACAACCAUCCCCGGCCAAUAAUCCCUCGCCGCUCAAGUUGAGUCAACCUUCUCUGAGCUCGUCACCGGCCCAGCCAGCCGAAGUACCUCCAGCGAGUCCCGCACGAUCCAACUCUGUCUGCUCAAUGACCACACAAUCUCCCAUUCAACAGGUAACUGCUCAGCAAUCGGGGGAUUUUGUGGUCAACAAUCCAACACCCACUCUAGGAUCAGUGCCGCUUGUGACUGCUGCCAACUCGGCUCAACCCCCAAUUCUGCCAUUUACUACACCACCUCAGACACCGAUGUCUGCAGUCGCGCAAAGUGGAGCAAACUCUGUGAGCAACAGUGUUUUGGGGAAAAGAGACAUCAGCGAGUCAGAGAAGGAGGACUCAAAGGACCAGGGUUCGGUCCCGGAAGUACAACAGCCGAAGAAGAGACGCGUGGCCCCGACUCUUAUUUCGGCCGGCACAAACUCCAAUCCUCCCUCCUCUUCAUCUCCGAACCAUGAAGUCUCAUAA